ACUAAGAAAAAGACGUAAACGGAAGUGAACUGUGACCACAUUAGCGUUUAUGUUAUUUAAACAUUUAUUAACAACCUGAAACUCAAAAUAUGAGUCUUUAACUGCACAGCAUCACGUACUUACCCAACAUAGUGUUUAAUUCGCGUUGCAGACAGGACUUAGUUGAUAGAUGUUAUCUCUUUAACGCCAGCUUGCUAAAAAUAUAUAACUGUAUGGUUUAUCACGCUCAAAUAGCCUCCAUCAUGGAGGUUCUAGCGAAUGCAGCCGUGGCAGAAAUAUGUAAAGUCGUAGACGACGAUUAUGCAGUGUUUCGUUUGCAAAUAACUCAAAGUCAGAAAGAAAACAGAGGAUUGCGGAGGAAACUACUGGAAAUGAAGGUGGCACGGGAGCGCGUCCCUGUCAGUCGUKCCAAUAGUUUCAAGAUCUUCGACCGAUACAGAGGAAUGGCAAGAGGUGAAGGACGUCUCACUGGAGGCCACAGGACCUUUGUGAAGCCGGCGGGACACAAUACAUGGAGAGAUGGUCAACAGAUCACUGUUGAUGAGGGGAYUGGAACCCCAACCCAGCACAUUAUCAUGGUAGAGUCUGCAGAUGCAGAGGCUGCAGGUCCUGGGGUCAAGCAGGAGAGGUCUGAAGGAGAGGAGGACCUACGGCACAGCGGAGACGUCCAGACUGAAGAGUCUGGAGCGCCCCCUGUAGCCACGGAGGACCCCACCACCACCCCAGCGCAGCUAAGGGACCGACGCAGCAUCACGGAGGAGGAGCAGGGUUCAGAUGUGCUGCUGAUGUGUGAGGAGGGUCUMGGGAACUCUAAGGAGACCAUGGUCAUGGAGGAAAACCAGACUACACCACCACCACCACCUGAACCCACAGAGGAACCAGUGGUUGGCUGGAGGCUAACAAAUACUGGGUGGCUGUCUUGGAUUCUCUGA